UUCUUGUUAAAAGAAAUUGGUUUUCUACAGCUAAGUUUUUGUGAUUUGUAUAUGUAGGCUUUAAGAGUGAUUAAGUAUGUUGUGGGGAAGUCUCGUGUGGAAUUUAGGAGGGAAACGCAAAGGAACUCAGUGGCUGUUCGGCAACUAGUUCACUAUAAAGGACAACCAGAUCCGUUAAAGGGUGAUGCACUUAAUAAGUCCGUUAGGGAAACUGCACAGGAGGCUUUAGCAGCUAUUUUUGCUGGUGAAGACAAUAGUAAACCGCCACAAACCGAAAGUCUUGCACGACGGAUAGAAGGUUUCGGUAAUACCAAUUAUAACAUGCCACCGUCUGAGGAUAAGAAGUCGUUUCUUAGUGAAGUGGUUGGCAUUGGAAGCACAACAAUUAAGCUCGGUUUGAAUAGCAUAGCACAAGCUCAAACCCCUAAAAACGACAUGGGAACUUACAGGAGCCCGAAUUUGCGAAGAUCACUGACUAAUGAAACUAGUUACAAUGAUAACAAUCGGUUAUCGACAAAUGCUUCUGGACCAUGGAGUCAAGCUUAAGUUAUUCACUGGAAAAGAGCCGUGAAAAUUGGUUAUUAGAGACCACUGUUACAUCUGGUGGUGUUCGUCUUCAACCAACUCGCGAUGCCAUUCAGGUGUUUCUUUCGGAGGCCACAAAGUUGAAUGCUUUAGCUUUAAGUCGCGCGUUAGAAGUCAAACUCCAGUCGCACAUGUGGCAGCUAAAGAACAAUGGGCUACCCAAAUGGAUUGGUAUCACAAGGGAAGAAGCAUCUUUUCUCAUUUGGGGUUAUCACAGAUGUGCCGUAUGCCGACAUUCCUGAUGGUGGAUCGUUUCUUGGCAUUCCUAGAUAUUACAGAA